AAUAUAAAAAAAGAUAUAGAUAGAAUGAAUAGUUAUAGAGUAAUAGGAAUUAAUUAAAAAUUACAAUAAACACAAGAGCUGGCUGAUCUUCCCAUCUCCCUCCCGAGAGAGAGAGAGAGAGAGAGAGAGAGAGAGAGAGAGAGAGAUGCAGGCGUACUACGGCUGUCUAGUGCUGGGGCCCAACUCCUUUGACGGUGGUGGUGGUGGUGGUUGUUCCAAAUCGAAGGUCCCGUCGUGGUCCUUCAUCACGUCCCGGAGGAGUCACCGUCGAUUUAGAACUUGGGCCACCGUGAACGACCGUUGGACCAAUCACUACCAAGUAUUGGGUGUUUCACCAAACGCUUCCUUUUCAGACAUUAAGAAGGCCUAUCGUCUACUUGCUCUCAAGCAUCAUCCUGAUGUUAACAAGGAAGUAGGAUCUGAUGAGGAUUUCAAGAGCAUCCGUCUUGCUUAUGAUAUACUGAGUAACGAAACAACAAGGAGUGAAUACGACAAAGCUCGACCGUUAGGAGAUGAAUGGUCGAUAAACACAGGAUACGAGGAUGGAUUAAGGUUGUAUAGAUGGGCUUAUCUGAGGCGUAAAAUGCAACGUGAGAAAUAUGAUAGGAAGGAAGAUGAAUUUUCAUAUUAUGAUGAUGGUGGUGAUGCGGCUGAAGAAGAAAACCAGGUGGAGUUGGAGAGAGGGUCGUUCAUGGAGGUGGUUAGAGGAGCAUUACUGUCUGUAUUUCUGAUGCAGACAGUGGGUAUACGGCUCUCUCUCACGUAUAGUGGGCUUAUGGCUUUGAUUGACCGGAAAUUAGACGCGGGGUAUAAGUUUGGUUAUUUAUUUGCAUGGAUAAUGGGAGGAAGAGGCGGCAUUUUGCUUACAAUGUUUCUAUCAUUUGCAAGUUGGGUUUGUGGGAAAACAAGUAGCAGUGUUGUUGCUGUAGUAGUUGUUGCCAUCUGGUUUGGUUCAAAUAUUGCAAGGUAUUAUGGUCCACUUCCCCAAGGUGCUCUUCUCACUCUCUUGCAUAUGUCAAUCAAGCUACAGCUUGAUCUAACCUAAAUCUCACUAUCAAGAUUAUGUAAAUAAACAAGCCUUUGUUUUAUAUUUACUUAAUAAUUAUUUAUAUAUAUAUUUAGUUAAUAUACAUUUACAUCAUAUAUAAUUAAAUUCCCAUUUGAAGAUUGUAUACUUGUAACUUGUAAUGCUGGAUGGUGACGGUGAUGAUGAUCAUACUGUGAACACUCAACAACGUGGUGUUUCUUUCUUCCUUCA